UCCACUGAUUUGAAUAUACACACAGAUACAUACACUUGCAUUCCCUCUUGCACAAAAACCAUUCCCUCUUGCACAAAAACCGUCGCUUUCGGUCACUGUAGAACACUCCGCCAUCGUAAUCAAAGUCGCGAAUUCUUCUCUCUCUUUCGUAAUCAUUGUUCCCUUUCUUCCUUUUUGUGUUCUAUAAAUUGGUUUUCGUUUUGUUCACGGACCCUUCGUGGUAAAGUUUGAAGCUUUUGGCUCGAUUGAUUGUUCGAUAACCAUGUCGAAUCCUAAGCUUACUCGAAUUCCGAGCAUGAGAGAGCGCGUCGAGGACACGCUCUCCGCUCACCGCAACGAGCUCGUCGCCCUUCUCUCCAGGUAUAUGGAUCAGGGGAAAGGGAUUUUGCAACCGCAUAACUUGAUCGAUGAGCUCGAGUUCGUGAUCGGAGAUGAUGAAGCGAAGAAGGGACUCUCCGACGGUCCCUUUGGCGAAAUCCUCAAGUCGGCCAUGGAAGCCAUCAUCGUGCCGCCCUUCGUGGCCAUAGCUGUUAGGCCGAGACCUGGAAUUUGGGAAUACGUUCGUGUUAACGUCUUCGAGCUUAGCGUGGAGCAAUUAACGGUUUCUGAAUAUCUUCGUUUCAAGGAAGAACUCGUUGAUGGAGAGGUUGAGGAUCCUUUUCUGCUCGAGCUCGAUUUCGAACCCUUCAAUGCGAACGUUCCUCGCCCAACGCGUUCUUCGUCUAUCGGUAACGGAGUUCAGUUUCUGAAUCGUCACUUGUCUUCCAUCAUGUUCCGUAACAAAUUUACCGGAUGUGGAGGAGAUGAUGAAAUGGAGAAGAUCAUGACAAUGGACAGUGCAAGUGCAAGGGGAAGUGAACCAUGA